GUUUAUUUCCUUAUACUUGCGUAGCAGUCAAGCACCACAUUUCAAUUGUAUCGACAGGCUAGCAGGAUUAUGAGCAACGCAUUCUCGCAGCCCUACGAUCCCCACCCCAUCACUUGUAACCCUACAACUACGCAACAUGUUGUUGUCACGUCGGGGGUCAAACUCGUGACCUCCUCGGGUAUCAAUUGUCAAGAUCAAGCGCUUACCACUACAUCAAAAGCUAUAACUUGAAGAAGGAAUGUAACAUUAUUUUCUUAUACUUGUGUAGCUAUCAAUCACCACAUUUCGAUUGCAUCGGCAGGAUGACAGAAUUGCUGGCAUUUCAUUCCCACGGCCCAACAGUAUUAUUUUCAGGAGCGAAAUAUCGCCUGCCAGAUCCAUAUUCCCUGCCACUUUCGGUUGGGCGUUCAUGUAUGCUAAGAAGAGAUUUGCACUGAUCUCUUCAUCAAUCAAAAACAUGAUUUUUUUCUGCGACGAUAUUGAGACGAAUCGCCCCCCUCCUGAACCACCACCGUUCCAGGAAGAUGAGAUCAUUUGGGUUGCUUUCUUUUCGGCGGCUGGUGAAACCGGAACAAAUUCUACAGUUGGUUCCUUACCGGUGGCUGGAGAAACCGGGAUAUUUAAGAGUUCUUUUGAUAAUGAUUGUGAUCGUAGCAGGAGCAGUCAAUCUACAGGUAGAGUCUACUUCUUUGCGGAAUUAGCGAUUCAACGUUUUCGAUUAGAAUCGUCGGUUUCCAUGCAUCAUGCCAUUGUAGCCUUGAACUUUAUGAUUGUAAUGUUUCUUGUCAUCUUCAUUAAUAAUAAUUAAGUUAUUUGUUUUCAAAACAAAAGAAGUUAUUGUACGCUUUGGGGCCUUUUUGUAAAAUGUUUUAAUUUUUUGUAGGGAAUUAAAUGGAGUUUUUACCUGAAUAUUACUAAUAAAUGGACAAUUGACAAAAAGUAACAUCCAUAACCUCCUCCCACUGAUUACCAUUUACGACCGGAGAGCGUCGCUGAUCACAAUGACACCACCACAGUGACGCCGCCACAGUGACACGUUGCCUACAAACAAAAUGACACGUCCAUUGUGACUUGCCGCCACCGUCGGCCACCGCAGUUACAUCUCCACAGUGACACCCAAUUAUUCCGACCACAUCUAUUCCGGCAACCGCCAAUCACCAUUCACCACCACCAUCUCUACCUCUCCCCAUACACAGCCUACUUCCACUGCUCUCCCCAUCUCAACGUGUCACCAUCGGAAAACCCCCAUCCCAAUGCCCUAGUACUGGAAAACCUCCAUCCCAAUCAUGCAAUGCCCCAGCACCGGAAAACCCCCAUCCCAAUGCCCACCACCGUAAAACCCCCAUCCCAACGCCCCACCACCAGAAACCCCCAUCCCAACACCCCAGCACCGCAAAGCCCACAUCCCUUGCCCUCGCCCCCUCUAGCCACGAAAACCCAAUAGAUCUGCCCGAACACGAGCUCCAGUACACGACGAAUCUAGCCG